AAACAUCACUUAAAGCGCUCUUCCGUGGCGCGUGUGCGUGCUCUCCUGUGCGCACGCAAACGCGAAACGCGUUAAAACGCGCGUGAGCCGCGCCAGGGUGACGCUUGGUGUUUCUGUGGCGUUUUAGUGGCGGCACGUCUCCCCCCGCGCGUGAGCGGGAAUGGUACGCGCGGCUCUCGCUCGCUCCUUCCGUUCCGUGAACGCGCGGCGAGCGGCAGCGAUUCAUUCAACGCCGACUAAAGCCCUCAAAAGCGUCCAGCUACAUACUGUGUGUUUGGUUGCUUUUCGCUGAAGAAAAUGCGCAACAGAAGCAAUAGGAAUUCGUCUUCGAAUCAUUCCGGUUCGUCCGAACGCCGGCCGGAGCAAACCGCCGCGGGCGCCGAGGGACGUUUGUCCGGCGCGGCGCUGGAGGGCUUGAGGUCGGAGUGCUCGGUGGUGUGGUUCGACCGCGUGGCGUAUGAAAGAGCGGAGAGCCUCUACUACGUGCGACUGCUGCGGCAGCAAAACGGCACCAACGCUCCGGCGAGUUCUUCAAGAAACGAGCGAGGCGCUUGCCAUCACGGAGAGCGAGAGGCUUGCCAUCACGUCGUUCGAACCGUGUGGGUGAACAAACCCGACUUCGACCGGGCCGAGAGCCGGUUCGUGGGCCGCGCUCCCGACCAGCCGAGAUCUCUUCAGCUAGCGCCCCCUAGCUGCGACGAAGGCUACCGAUCGCAAACCCCGACUCCGCCCACACCGGCUUCCGGAUCGGUCAACGGCCUCCCUUCCUUGCCGCCGCCUCCGAUGGGGGUGUGGCUACAGAAGCCUCUAUUCGAUAAAGCCGAGGCGACUUUCUAUCGGAACGCGUGCGGCCGGAGCUCUCUGCCGAGAACCGACGAGUCCGACUCCAAACGGCGGGGCGACGCGCAAAAAAAGCCGGCGAUUUGCGGCCGACGCGAAUCCAACGGCGCCGCCGUCAAACUGGGAGCAGCGCCCCGCUACUUCCUGCACGCCGACAGCGAGAGGGUGUGGCUAGAUCGCGGCCGCUACGCGGAGGCGGAGACUCGUUUCUACGAAGAGGGGCCGGGGAGAUCCUGCAAACCCCCUAAAAACCAUUCUAGCCAGAAGCUGAAGAAAAUGACCGCAGCAGAGUGUUUGGCGCAGGAGAGGAUCUGGUUCGAUAAGCCGCGUUAUGAUGAAGCGGAGCGGCAGUUUUAUGAGCGGGUGAAUGGACCCACACAGCCCAAACAGGACACUGGAGCUAACAGUAUACUUAAGGACAUCGCAAGAGCGCGAGAAAACAUCCAGAAGUCUCUCGCUGGACUGAAGACUACCUUGCAGCCAAGUAGAGGCUCCGCCCCUAAAAUAUCAAACCCUUCCCACCGCUCGUCUCCUAGCGGCGGAGGCAGCGCUGCUGAUUUCGGAGAGCUUGCAGCACGCAUGAAGGACCUGGAGCUGGAGAACCAGAGCCUACACAAAGUGGUGAAGGAGCUGCGUUCUGCUCUCGGUAAGAUGGAGAGCCGCGUGUCAGCGCUGGAGAAACGGACGACAGCGCCAACCGUUAACGGCACUGGUCCCGUCGCUUCUCAGAAAGCCCCGGCCGCUCCUGCGAAACGGGAAGAGGAAGACGAGGAUGAGGACGACAUCGAUCUGUUCGGCAGCGAUGAAGAGGUGGACGAGGAGGCCGAGAGACUGAAAGAGCAGCGGCUGCAGGAAUACGCAGCCAAAAAGGCCAAAAAGCCUGUCCUCAUCGCUAAAUCGUCCAUCCUGUUAGACGUCAAACCGUGGGAUGACGAGACAGACAUGGCGAAGCUGGAGGAGUGCGUGCGGUCGGUGCAGGUGGAUGGGCUUCUGUGGGGAGCCUCCAAACUGGUUCCCGUGGGCUACGGCAUCAAGAAACUGCAGAUCAACUGCGUGGUGGAGGACGACAAGGUGGGAACAGACUUCCUGGAGGAGGAGAUCACCAAGUUUGAGGACCACGUUCAGAGUGUGGAUGUCGCGGCGUUCAACAAGAUCUAACACACAGAAACACCAACAAACACUCACGCUGCUGCUGCUGGAUGAAUAUCAGUUAAUAAAAGAGCUCAAAUGUA